AUGACAGUAUAUCCUCUCCAGCAGCAGAACGCCAGCAGCAUGUCUCCAACGAGAAUGGAACAGCCAGAUGGGUACUACAAUCUGGGCGACCCCUUCCUCCAAAUGCGCGUGCGGAAUGAGGGCAUCGCCUUGGGCGCCAUCAUUUGUCAGUUUCGAGCCAUUCCCGAUCCGAGAGUUCCAGAAUACCUUCGGGAACUCUGGGAUCUGUCCCAAUAUGGAAAAGUCAUCCGCGAAAGCCCGAAACAGCUCGCGAUGCUGCUCGAGUUCGAAAAUGCCGAUUUGACCCCGAUUGUCAUGCGCGCGUGGACCACCAAGUACCUGGCUCCUGGCACCGAGUGCAUCAUCGUCCUGGACCCGGCGAUCCCUGGAAAGGACCACGCAGUCCAUAUCCAUUGCGUUGAUUUGGGAGACACUGUUGGUGAGACAGUUGGCGCACCGGAGACCGCGAAGAGAUUGCGUUGCGUUUUCAGCGAUGCACCGGACGGCUCGCCUGGCAGCAAAAGACAUCAAGGGCGACGACCUUCGCAGGCAUAG